AAGUUUCUUCAGAGAACUUUCGUCUUUCUCUCUGCAGAGCUACCAGAAUGGUUCAAAGUUUGUUUGCCAGCAUGGCCCUUCAGAAUGCAGAGGUAACAGAUUGAUGUCGUGUGCUUUGGAAAUGCUGGAAAACCAGGACCAAAAAGUUGAAUUCGUCAAUUGUUUCAUGGAAAACUACAUAAAGCAUAGGGAGGAAGAGCUGGAAAUUGGAGAACAUUGUGCAGAAGGGCUUCGUUUAGACAAAAAUAGUGUCCUAGAUUGCUACAAUUCUGAACUCGGAACGAUUAUCCAAUUGAAAGCUGAACAAGCUACUGCCAGGAUUCGUCCUAAAUUUGUUCCUACUAUUUUGUUUGACGGGCAAUUUGAUCAACAACUCCAAGAUGAUAGUAUUACCAAUUUCAAAGAAGUUGUAUGUAAGCUACAGAGCAAAAUACCUGGGGAAGCUUGCAAAAGUUGA